UGCACAAAAUAUUUGUGGUGUUUACGAUGAACCACGUUGUUAUUUAUUAAGAAAAGUACAUAUAAAUAACAUUAAAAAUGGGAAAAUUAGAUGUGGCUAUGCUGCGGUAUCUUACCGCGGAAGAUUUCCGUGUUCUUACUGCUGUUGAGAUGGGAAUGAAGAACCAUGAGCUGGUUCCUGGUUCUCUGGUUGCCUCCAUCGCUAACUUACGACACGGAGGAGUUCACAAACUGAUGAAGGAUUUGUGCAAACAUAGGCUGUUGACUUAUGAACGAGGAAAACAUUAUGAUGGUUACCGCCUUACAAACUCUGGCUAUGAUUAUCUUUCCCUUAAAGCUCUUACAAACAGGAAAGUGAUUGCCUCCUUCGGGAAUCAGAUUGGAGUGGGCAAAGAGUCUAACAUCUACACAGUUGCUGAUGAAGAUGGGAAACCACUUUGUUUGAAACUCCACAGGUUAGGUCGUACCUGUUUCCGCAAUAUAAAAGAGAAGAGAGACUAUCAUGCACACAGAAACAAAGCCUCCUGGUUGUACCUGUCUCGUAUUUCUGCCACAAAAGAGUUUGCAUAUAUGAAGGCCUUGUACGACCGAGAUUUCCCCGUACCAAAGCCUAUUGACUUCAACAGACACUGUGUUGUAAUGGAACUGGUCAGCGGUGGUCCACUAACCCACGUAACAUCAGUGGCGGAGCCAGACCAGCUCUACGACGAGCUGAUGAACCUGAUAGUCCGUCUAGGCAACUGCGGCGUCAUCCACGGUGACUUCAACGAGUUCAACAUCAUGAUCGACACCGACGGUCAUCCUGUCAUUAUCGACUUCCCCCAGAUGGUGUCUACUAGGCAUCCUAAUGCUGAAUUAUACUUCGACCGCGACGUCCGCUGCGUCCGCGAGUUCUUCAAGAAGCGGUUUGGGUACGAGAGCGCGGAGUACCCGCGCUUCGCCGACCUCGAGAGGGACGACCAGCUCGACGCCGAGGUCGCCUGCUCCGGGUACAAGCGGAGCAAGGAUGUGGAAGAUGAGCUGCUGCAGGAAAUGGGCAUCGGUCUCGAAGUUAGCGACGACGAAGACAGCGAUCAAGGGGAAAACGAUACAGACACCAACACAAACAAAUACUCCGAGGACGAAAUUGCUAACUUAAGACGUCAGGUCGAAGCAUCAAUAGAACACGACGAAACAAAAAUAACAGAAAGCAUAACAAACAAAACGAAUAAACUUAGUAUAAAUGAUGACGAGAUACCAGAACUGGUACCGGCGCCAAUGAAAAACAAAGAAACAGAUGAAGACAACGAAACAGAAAAACACAAUGAUACAGACAAAGAAGUUGAUAAAAACUCGCAGAAGUAUAGACUAGCUAUGAUAGAGAAGGCGUUAUCGGACGUGAGAUCAAUGAGAAGUUAUACUUCCGCCAGCACUAUAGCGCCUGAAGUUGUAAAGCAGCAGGUAAAGAAGAAUCUAGAAGUUAGACAGAAGAAGAUGGAGAGAAAGAAGGCGAUAGCUAAGGGAGAAGCGAGCGCCGUGACUAGAGUUAGGAGAGAUAACAGAGAGACUAUCAGGGAGAGCCACGGCCUGUGGGGCUGGGAUGAAUAAUAUAUUGUAUGUAAAGCA